UUCCUUCUCCAGAGCUGCAGAGACUGCCUCGUUCGCUCACACUGCUCUGUUAUAGAGAGAGAGAGAGAGAGACAGUGCAUCAGCAGCAGCAAUGUGGUUUCCAUUGCUUUUAACAAUCUUGGCAUGUUUCCUCCGCCAGGCUACGGCGGCCGAUAUCUCGCCGGAGAAGCUGGCGCUCCUCACUUUGAAGUCCUCUGUUUCAGAUCCUUCCAGUUCCCUUGCAAGCUGGAACCAAUCAUCCUUUCACUGCGUUUGGAUCGGCGUCGGCUGCGACGAGCAAGGUCGAGUCAUCUCCCUUGACUUGACCGGCAUGAACCUUUCCGGCAUUCUAUCCCCCGCCGUAGGGCAGCUCCACGACCUCCUCAAUUUUUCUGCCGCCGUCAACUCUUUCUCUGGCCCUAUCCCGCCGGAGAUCUCGCUCGCUUCUAAUCUCCGGUAUCUAAACCUCUCUAACAACAUCUUCAAUGGCAGCUUCCCGUCCACACUGUCACGCCUCAAGAAUCUUCGAGUACUCGAUUUCUACAACAAUAAUCUAACUGGUAUCCUCCCACACGAGGUCACCGAGCUCCACAACCUUCGCCAUCUACACCUUGGUGGUAAUUUCUUUUCCGGUGUCAUUCCGCCGCAGUAUGGAGGGUGGGAGUUUCUGGAGUAUCUUGCCGUGUCCGGCAACGAGCUCGGCGGCCGGAUCCCGCCGGAUAUCGGGAAGCUCAAGCGGUUACAGCAGUUAUACCUUGGCUAUUUCAACAGCUACGAGGGGGGUAUCCCGCCGGAAAUCGGGAAUCUCACGAACCUCGUUCGACUGGACAUGGCUAACUGCGGCCUUUCCGGCGAGAUUCCAUCCGAGUUUGGCAACUUAGUGAACCUUGAUACUCUUUUCCUGCAGGUUAAUGGCCUCUCCGGCGAGCUACCGGCGGAGCUCGGCCUGCUUCGGAGCCUCAAAUCGAUGGAUCUUUCGAACAACGCAUUCACGGGGGAGAUACCUAAGUCGUUCGCCGAACUUAGGAACCUCACGUUAUUGAAUCUAUUUCGGAACAACCUCUACGGAGCCAUUCCAGACUUUAUCGGCGAUUUGCCGGAGCUGGAGGUGCUCCAGCUCUGGGAGAACAACUUCACCGGAAGCAUUCCUAGGCUGCUCGGCCGGAACGGCCGCCUCCUACUUCUUGAUCUAUCUACAAACAAGCUCAACGGCAAUCUUCCUCCUGAUCUGUGCUUCGGAAACAAACUGCAGACGCUAAUCGCGCUCGGAAACUUCCUUUUUGGCCCGAUUCCGGAAUCUCUCGGCCAUUGCUUGUCUCUGAGCCGAAUCCGUAUGGGAGAUAACUAUCUCAAUGGAUCCAUUCCCAGUGGACUUUUCGGCCUUCCGGAUCUCGCACAGGUUGAGCUCCAGGACAACCUUCUCACUGGCGCGUUCCCGGAGACGGGGAGUUUACACAUCUCGCCAAACCUCGGACAGAUUAGCCUCUCUAACAAUCGUCUAUUCGGUCCUCUCCCGCCCUCGAUCGGUAAUUUUUCUGGUAUACAGAAGCUUCUUUUAAACCAAAACUUCUUUUUCGGCGGCAUCCCGCCGGACAUCGGCCGGCUGCAGCAGCUCUCCAAGAUGGAUUUCAGCGGAAACGGCUUCUCCGGCCGUAUUCCGCCAGAGAUCAGCAAUUGCAAGCUCCUCUCAUUUAUUGAUCUCAGCCGAAAUAACCUCUCUGGAGAGGUCCCAGCGGAGAUCACCAGGAUGCGUAUCUUGAAUUACCUUAAUCUUUCAAGAAACCACUUGGAAGGCAGCAUUCCAUCUUCCAUUUCCACAAUGCAAAGCCUAACAGCUGUUGAUUUCUCUUACAAUAAUCUCUCUGGUCUCGUUCCUGCUACCGGCCAGUUCAGCUACUUCAACGCCACAUCCUUCAUGGGCAAUCCGGAUCUUUGCGGCCCUUAUCUCGGCCCAUGCCACUCCGGUGCUGCGGCAAAUGGAGGCUCCGGCCACACCCAUGGCCUAUCCUCGUCCUCCAAGCUAAUCUUAGUGAUAGGCCUUCUGUUAUGUUCCAUCGUCUUCGCCAUAGUUGCAAUCUUAAAAGCCCGGUCUUUAAAGAAGGCAAGUGAAGCCCGGGCAUGGAAGCUCACCACCUUCCAGCGCUUGGACUUCACCUGCGACGACGUGCUGGAUUGUCUCAAGGAGGAAAACAUCAUCGGAAAAGGCUGUGCAGGCAUUGUGUACAAAGGCAGCAUUCCAAGCGGAGAGCAAGUGGCUGUGAAGCGUCUGCCCGUGAUGAGCAGGGGAGCUGCGCACGACCAUGGCUUCUCCGCUGAGAUUCAAACACUUGGUCGAAUCCGACACCGACACAUUGUGAGAUUGCUAGGUUUCUGCUCAAACCAUGAAACUAAUCUUCUUGUAUACGAGUAUAUGCCCAAUGGUAGCCUUGGAGAGGUUCUUCAUGGGAAGAAAGGUGGCCACUUGCUCUGGGAUCUUCGGUAUAAGAUAGCUGUGGAAGCAGCUAAAGGUCUCAGCUAUCUCCACCACGAUUGUUCUCCUCUGAUCAUUCACCGCGAUGUCAAAUCAAAUAAUAUACUACUUGAUUCCAAUUUUGAAGCCCAUGUUGCUGAUUUCGGCCUGGCUAAGUUCCUUCAGGAUUCCGGCACCUCCGAAUGCAUGUCUGCCAUUGCCGGCUCUUAUGGCUACAUAGCCCCAGAGUACGCAUACACACUGAAAGUGGACGAGAAGAGCGAUGUGUACAGCUUUGGUGUGGUUCUACUUGAGUUAGUAACUGGUAGAAAACCAGUCGGGGAAUUCGGCGAUGGCGUCGACAUUGUACAGUGGGUUAGGAAGGUGACAGACUCGAACAAAGAUGGGGUGAUCAAGAUUCUGGACCCAAGGCUUCCUACAGUUUCCAUGCAGGAAGCAAUGCAUGUAUUCUAUGUCGCAAUGCUCUGCGUUGCCGAGCAGAGCGUCGAACGUCCGACGAUGAGGGAGGUCGUUCAAAUCCUCACGGAUGUGCCGAGCCCUCCAUUGAAGCCUGGGGAGGAGUCCUCAAACAGUUCGACCAGCGAUCCGCCGACGGCCGAUGAAGCAAAGGGUUAUCUGCUAAGCGUUUGAAUAAAAGCCUCUGUAGAUCUUUGUACAGGGGGAGCGAGGGAGAAUUGGUUGGUUUUGGGGGUCUUAAGAAUUAGGUGGUUUGAUAUUGGGUAGUGCAGUAGUAGUUAAUUUCAUAUGUGAAAUUAGAAGUGGUGGGGGGUCAACAUGUCAGGUGCUGGAAGUUUUUGGCUUAUUUGUCAUGUGCAUCAUUUAUGAAAGUUGGUGCCUUGUUUUUAUGAUCUUUAGUUAACAGAAAGCUUUAAAUAUAUUUGGUU